AUGAAUGAUACACCAAUAAUGUCUGGCAAACUACAAACCGCUAGCGAUCCGCCCCUCACUUCUGAAUGUCCCGUUUGUCAUGCGAAACCACCUGCCCCUACGGAUCAGUUUUGUCGCCGUUGUGGAUGCCGACUUCAUCUCGUAUGCAGACAUUGCCAAGCACAAAUCAAGUAG